AUAGAUCUGUUCAAAUGGCGAGGAUUAAACGUGGUAGUAAUCCAUGAGGGACAAACUGGUUUGUCUGAGCUAAGUGUCUACGUCCGAAUGAGAAGCAAGGAGCUACGCUGCAAUGUUGUGGACCAUGUAAUGUGGCAGGGGGUUUGCAAUGGAGGGGACAACGCUGAUGGCUGGACAGGAGAAGCCACAGAAGCGGGUGAGGUUCCGUGUGGCUUCGGGGAACAGCGGCCGGGUGCUGAAGGAGAUGUUCAAGGAUGAGGGGCCUUCAGACUCCCUGGAUUCAGACUGCACCAGCAGUUCGGAUGCAGAACGGGCCAGCACCCCCUCUACAAGUGGAGAUGGACACCUGUAUGGAUACCUGGGCUCCGAGCUGGGCGACGGCGAGUGUGAGCCUGAUGAUCUGCUCAUGUACGCAGGGGCCACCAAGGACUGGAUGUUCACCACCAAGAGGGUCAACAUACUCAGUAAAAAUGGCACUGUGAGAGGGGUCAAGCACAAAGUCAGCGCAGGUCAGACGCUGUUUGAAAACCUUCCCAAUUCCAACAGUAUGGAGUUAUCUCUUGAAUUUGGGCGGAUAGUGAUCUACACUACGAGUUUCCGUGUGGUGAGGACAACCUUUGAGCGCUGCGAGCUGGUCCGGAAGAUCUUCCAGAACCACAGGAUGAAGUUUGUGGAGAGGAACAUCGCCCUGGACAUCGAGUACGGGAAGGAGCUGGAGGAGCGGUGCAAACGUGUGGGAGAACCUCCUUCAUUACCAGUCGUGUUCAUUGACGGACACUACCUUGGGGGUGCUGAGAAAAUACUAGGCAUGAAUGAAUCAGGAGAGCUUCAAGAUCUUCUGACAAAAAUAGAGAGGGUACAGCAGCCCCAGACGUGCCAGACCUGUGGGGGCUUCGCCUUCAUCCCGUGCCCAAUGUGCCAUGGCAGCAAGAUGUCCGUGUUUCGCAACUGCUUCACGGAUUCCUUCAAAGCCCUCAAGUGCACUUCCUGCAACGAGAACGGCCUGCAGCCCUGCGUGAGCUGCAGCCACUGAGGAUGUUAAGUGCCUGACCCAACAUCCUUACUUCGGUCUCUGGGACUUUAGGCAGGACGUUCAACUGGACUGUAACACAGGCAGCAACAUGAAACACAGCAGGACUCUUCCAUGGCCAUUGUUAGUUAAAGAGAAAACACAUUUGUAAUAAAAUCUCUGAAUUUGUGGA